AUGGCUCGCGGACCCUGUGCAAAACGCCGCCGAUACGGGCCCGGACCCACUGACCGGCUGACGCCGGAGAGCAGCGGCCCCAUCUCGGCUCCGUUGGCUGCCCCAGCCGGUCCCGACUCGGCAACUUGCGAGCCUCUGCAUACCGACAGCAAACUCGUCUGCUAUGGCAUGAUCGAAAAGCUGCCCGUCACCUCUGCAGCCACCAUGACUGUCAUUAGCAACUCCUCUUUCGUCCGCGUUUACCUCAUCGACAACAGACUGGUUCACGAUGGCGCAUGCGUUGGAAGCUUGGACGACACUGCCGCCCAGGCUUUUUCCACGCUGGCCCGGGAAGACACGGUACACCUACAGCUGAUGGCCGAGGCAGCUCGGAGCCAAAGCUCGACAAGCCACAGCAAGAGAAUUGUUGCCUUGGCGUCUGUCAUCGUAUACGGGCCUCGAGAUCUCGCCGAUGACGUUGGCGGCUUCUUGGACCAGUGCAGAUACUAUCUCCAGGACCCCAUUAGCUGCGAGCACAAUGUGCCUUACAUUAACCCCCAUUGCUUGCCCGGCCUCUCGGAGCAUCCCAUCAACACGUUCGAUCUGGAGCAGCCCCACGGGUUGGGGCACUAUUUCUCCGCGUCAGCGUCGCUCAGAGCGCUCGAGGCUGCCGACGGCCUGCCAGAACUUGAGCAGCCGGCUGCGCUGAAAACAGAGCUCCGUCGCCAUCAAAAACAGGCUCUGUACUUCUUCGUAAACCGAGAAAACAGCAGUUGCAACAGUCAUGUCUGGCAAGCCAAGACAUCGGCAAAUGGCUCCUCCACCUACGUCAACACCAUCACUGGCGUAUCUCAAGAUGCAUCGCCACCCGCCUGGAGCGGUGGUAUCCUCGCCGAUGAAAUGGGUCUCGGCAAGACGCUGCAGAUGAUCGCUCUCAUCGCGGCCGGCAAGCAGCCCCAAGAGCAGUUUCAACCUCACAUUCUGAAGCCCAAGGCAGCUUUGAGACAGCCCUCUUGUGUUGCGAGGGCAACUCUUGUCGUCGUACCCUUGAAUGUCAUGGCUGUUUGGGAGAGCCAACUCGAGAGUCACUUGCACUCCGGGACUCUGUCCUGGGCCAGACACCAUCGCCAAAACAAGAUCUUGAACCCUCCAACAUCGGCCUGGCCCGAUAUCGUGCUCACCACAUACUCCACCGUACAGGCUGAGUUUAAGAGACGCGAAGGAAUGUGUGCGGGGGGCGUCCUUUUUGAUAAGUAUUGGCGCAGAAUUAUCCUCGACGAAGCCCACCAAGUGCGGAACCAGAUAGCAACGUCAACCGCAAUUGCAUCGCUCAAGGCUCUCUCGCGCUGGGCAAUCACCGGGACCCCAAUCCAAAACAGCGUCACCGACAUUGCGGGUCUUUUACGGUUUCUGCAAUUCCAACCGUAUGACGAUGCCAAGGCCUUUGACCACGACAUCGCCAAAUACUUUCGCGGAAAUGACAUUGCAGAGGGAACAAGGAGAUUGAAAGCAUUGUGCCACCCCAUCAUGCUCCGCCGCUCCAAAGAGGUGAUUGUGCUUCCUUCAAGGCAGGACCUUGUGCGGACUGUGAGAUUUUCCCCAGAUGAGAAGCGAGAGUACCGGAGAAUCGAAGGCGGAUUUCAGUCGUUCCUUGAUGACGAUCAGAGUUCGGGAAGAGUCCCGGCCCAGUUCAGCACAAUCCAGUUGAUCAACAAGCUGCGCGUAUUUUGCAACUUGGGCUUGGCAUCAAAGUCGACUACACUGGCAACCAGCAGGAAGCGCCCUGUAGUGACGCCCGGGCCUGAUUCUGCUGCAAGCAUUGUUGCGUCUGACGUCGCUCUAGGAGGCACCAUCUGCACCAAAUGCCGACAGAUUGUAGACGCAACCGACACGCAGGCUUCUUCGGAAAUCGCUCAAGGCGCUUACUUUUCUCAAUGCUGUCAGGUUUACUGUAACGCCUGUGCCGCCCUCGGCGGCUACAAAGCGGCCACGGGUUGUACAUGCAACGGUUACUCCCCCUGUCUGCUGCAAGCUGUUCCCUCGUACUUGAUGCAAAAGGCUCUCGAGGGACACUGCACUCCAGCCCAGCUUGGUCAAGGCAUAGUCUCGAGCAAGGUCAAUGCUCUCGUCCACGAGGUCUUGGCAAGUCCAAGUGAAAAAGGUGUCGUCUUCUCUUUUUGGAUCACCAGCUUGCGCAUGGUCCAAUGCGCUCUCGAAGAGGCCGGCAUCUGGUGCGUUCAAUUUGACGGGUCGGUGCCCCCUUCGGCUAGAAUCACGGCCAUGGAGCAGUUCCGCGCAGAUGACAACAUCAAGGUCAUGCUCGUCACGGUCUCUAGUGGCGGAGUUGGACUCGACUUGACGCGCGCUUCUCGGGUGCAUCUACUUGAACCUCAGUGGAAUCCUGCAGUCGAGAACCAGGCUCUUGCCCGCGUUCACAGGAUGGGACAGCAACAUCCUGUAGUUACAAUGCGUUAUAUCGUGGCCGAGUCCAUCGAGGAGUCGCCGAGGCUACUAAUCAUGGCAAGUCAAAGUUCGAGCAGGAAUGCGGCGCAACUGUCGGCCUUCCUUCUGGUCACCGAGGCUGUCGAGCGGUUCAAGGAGACGAAACAUGCCAAGCUCGACCGCUUUGUCCAGGGCUUGCAGAAGUAUGCCGGAAACAUUGAAGCCCUUAGCAAUGGAGUCAGCCCGUACCUGCCGUGGAUCUGGGCACCGUACAAGCUGAUGUUGCAGGCCACGUCCGACUACAUGUUGGCCUUCGACAAACUUAUCGAUGCAUAUGACAAGAUCGCCGGAACGCUUCCGCGCCUCAACUUACUGGCAGACACCUUCAAGGAUAGUCCAGCCAUGUUCGAGAAGCUGGCACUCUACUACGCCGAUGUGCUUGAAUUUCACAGAAGAGCUUACAAGUUCGUGAGGAGAAAAUCCUGGAAAUUCUUCUUUAUGACAACAUGGGCAAACUUUGACGUGCGGUUUAAUGCAAUCCUCGACAGUCUGGCUCGUCAUAGCACUUCGAUAAGCCAGGAAGCAACCACCAUCGACAUUGUCGAAGCUAAAAAGUGGAGAGAGACGAUGGCCGCUGAGACGGCCGCAAAGGAGAACGGAAGGCUAUUUCGUCAACGGUCCUCGGUGAUAUCUUGGCUUGACAUCGACCAACCAUCGCAAGAUGAUGACUGUGAACGGCUUUUGCAAGAUUGUGCCAAGGGUAGCUGCGACUGGAUGCGCAAAACCCCGAUGAUUGAAUCAUGGUUGAAGGCUGACACUAAGAACCCUGUGCUGUGGCUCCAUGGAAAGCCCGGAGCAGGAAAAACUGUCAUCUGUGCCAGCCUGCUCGACUCACUACAAGGCCGGGAGGAUAUCACACUUAUGUUUUACUUCUGCAAGUAUAACGGUCAUGAUUCAGCGCCCAAGGUUCUAAAAGCCUUUGUUCUAAGGCUCAUUGACAGCAACCCCAACCUAAUUGCUGUUGCAUUCGCCAACUUCGUGGAAAAAUGCCAGAAACCUUCCUUGAAGGUCCUCCGCGAAAUGCUCCGCGAGUUCGUCGACAAGGCCAUAUACCAUUUUGCCAAAUCCGAAAUACAGGAGCUUGUUGCCCAGAAGCCGUUUGCGGGUCGACGACAACACGACUGA